UCUCUGCAAACACUUCUUUGCACAUUUUUGUGGUUGCAUUUCAAGCGCAAAUGCAUUUCCGCUUAUGCUCUCAAACAGAACGAAGAAAAACGUGCUAUUUUUAUGAAUAGUAUUGCUAACAUUGCACCUGACCCUGAAAUGUUGAUGUUCAGUGAUGAGGCUGCGAAAGAUGAGAGAACCCUCAUUCAAUGCUAUGGCAGAUCAAGGAUUGGAAUGAGAUGCAUCCAAAGGAAGUGUUUUGUACAAGGCAAAUGCUACUUGAUCUUGCCAAUACUGACUCUUGAUGGAAUCAUUACUUAUGAUAUCAUUGAGGGACCAGUGAUGAGU